GCGGGAAGAAACUGUGGAAGUUCUAUCACCUGUGCGAAACCGGAGAUAAUGGAAUAACAUGUCACAAAUGAUGGACAAGUCCACUGAGAACCCCAGCAAUGACACGGUGUCCACCAAGAGCAAUGGAUCCAUCAAGAGCGAUGAGAAGACGUCGACUGAUGGUGGCAUAAAUGUGGGCAUGAUGGGGAAGUUUAGAAGGAGCCUCCGGCUUCCAACACGGAAGAAUCCUCCAUCUCCUGGUGACAAGGAAUCCAAGUUAUCACCAGAAUCAGAUGAACCUGCAAAGAAGUUGGAUUCUGCGGCUUCACCACAACCUCCGUCACCCAGUCUGAGUCCUGGCUCUGCAUCCACCUCUCCGAAGAGCAACCAGGAAAAAGAGGAUGAUGAGUCAGAUGUUUCUUCUCACAAAUCCAGACCACUAACACCAUCAAACACAGAUCCCAGUAUGCCGAAGUUUGAAAAUACAUUAAACAGACUGAGAGAAUCUUUUCGUUGGAGACGAAAAAAGGAAGUGGAUACACUCCCCUCUGAAGACUUGAAGGAAGAAAAAGAUCCCAACAAUACUUCUAAGAGAAAGUUUUCUUUUAAACAGAAAAGGGACGAGGAUAAACCCUCCUCGAUGGACGAAAAAGUGACUCCUACUUUUGAGGAAUAUCUUGAAAGGCAAGCCUUUUGUGAAGCCACUCAGCAACUGAUAGACAGUGAGAAACAUCUGUUUUGGGAGACAGCGGAGGGCAACAAGGAAGCAGUAGAAAAGCUUGCUGCAGACCAUAAAGCCCUUGAAGAGCAUGUAUGGCACAUUCUGCAGCAGAGCUUUUCUCUCAGCAGUGAGGAAGCAUCAGCGUCUGCUCUGAAGUCUGCAGUGAAAGCCAUCAACCUUGAGGAAGAGCAGGACCAGCUGUGGAAACAAAAUUCUCAAAUUCCACCAGCCUGGAGGCCCAGCGAGUGGAAGAAGCACCAUGACAAAGUGCUUCAUGAAUUAGUAAAUGGGCGUAUGGAUAAUCCAUCGAGCCCCACUGGUGACCAGGUGAACCCGUCAACUAUCCAGGCAACUAUCCAGUUCAUGGGCAAACAGCUGAAGGACGACCUGCAGCGGGUGGUGGAGAAGGUGAACAACUGCUACCCACCAGAGAUGGACAUCUGUAACUUUUAUGCAAGACAGUACCAUCAAACUGUCAAGGCCAGGCUCAGAAAGAUUGUGGGUUCUGUGGGUUCUGUGGAUGACUGCAGUUUCCUCCUGCUAUGGGUGAAGGAAUCUUAUCCAGAAAUCCUUGAAAAACCUGAGGUGGCCAGUAAUAUCAAUACUGAAGCGCUGGGAAAGCUGCUUCCUGACGAGUUACUGAAACCUCUGGAGGAGCAGUACCUCAGCAAACAACAGAGCGACCUGAUGAUUUUUAUUGACCGAGUAUUGGAUGAAGCAAAGAAAGAGUGGGAUCAAGGAAAGGAGCCGACAAGAGAUGAUGGUUGCUACGUCAGUCCCGUGGCCUAUGAUGUCAUCCAGGUAGAGUUGCUGGACUUCUUUGAGAAGCACGAUUUGUUCCCAGAGAAUGUGCGGGAAAACUGUUUGCCGGUCCUGACUGAGAUGAAACAGUCUGCCCACACUUAUUUAUUAACCUCUGUGCGCAAGGUCCUCAAACCACACUACCAGAAGGUGGGAACCAGUGACUGGCUGAAGAAGAACACGUUUGAGAAGCUGCUGAACAGCACUGAAGACGAGCUUCAGGAACUUCAGGGUUCGAGUCAGUCCUCUUACCAGGAGCUGAUUGGUCGGCUUCAGCAGGAAGUGACAGUAGAAUAUGUCCAGAGGCUCCUGAAAGGAGAGGUCAAACUGAAGGACAGCAAUCAGCAGCAGAAGGCUUACGAGACUGUGCAAGAAAAUGGAGAGAGACUGCACGAGCUGUUUGCCAGAAUGGGAUCCAAACAAGACUGGUUAAAGGAAAUCCUGACCAAGAUUGCAGAAGUGCUAAAACUCCAAGAUAUUCCUGCCAUACAGAUGCAAAUCGUUUCACUGGGAUCUGCUUAUCCCGACCUCAGUGAAAAACAUCUUUCAGCUCUGCUUAAACUCAAAGCAAACCUCUCCAAAGUCGACAAGAAAACUAUCAAAACCACAGUGCUGGACAUACUGAAAGAAAGCCAUACUAAUGCUGAAACCCGGGCGUUUUUCUCCAAAGUUGAAGUGACGGGCAGUUGAUUUGCUUUUCAGAAUAUCACUGACUGAGAGUUGGGUUGCAGAGCAUCUGUCUUAUAUUGUUUGGUAGACAAGAUGAGUUGAAGUGUUUUUAGUCUGUCUGUAAAGAUGUUCAAAGUGAAUGCCAUGGGUAAUUUCCCAUGUUUCUGUCUCGUUGUCUGUUAGUGUUUGACACAGCGAGUAUCAGGGUUUUUUUUUUUCAUUUAGUUAUUUUUCAUUUUUGGAUGACCAUCACUUAUGUGGAAACACUUCCUCCUUGGACCUCAGACACUUAUUCCACUUUCUACAGUCAAACUUUCUCCUAAAUUCUUGUCUUAGAGCUGCAGGCUUCUCUCUUAAAACAUCGUCACCACGUGCUCUGCUUCACUUGGAGGUAAACAUAGUUUUGUACACAGAGAAAUGGGGAAAUGUGCAUGUUGGUUCCGAAUGCUUUUGAUUUACUAACAUACGAACUGUGGUGAUAACAAAAUAGGC